UGCAAAACACACUUGUGUGUAGAGUAAUGGCUGCCUCACUGGGCCCUCUGCUGUGGUGAAGAACAGGAAUGUGUGGAACAGCCAGGGCCCUUCCUGCCUCUCCGCUCCCAUGUCUUCUGGAUGGACACUUAGCAACUGAGGAGGUGGAACAUGACGCAUUUGGCAACCCCCCGAGAACCGAAGAUUCAGAAUAUGGAUUUCCUUCCUGGAUUAUGGUAGGGAAUUUGACUUGUCUUUAGGACGCUCGUUUUGGUUUGACUCACAGUCCAGCUGGAGGGAGGAAGGCUGUAGGCGUGCGCCGCUGGGCAGAGGACAUGAGCAUGAGGGACAGGUUUGUAGACCUGGCUAAAUGGGCAGUGCAGGAAUGAACGUCAACUCAUCCAUGGCACCGCUGUUUCCAGGGCUGAAUUUCAACUUGUCUCCGGGAGUAAAACCCACCAACGGACCAAUGAUUGCGAUGAAAUCAGCCCGACUAAGCCUCACCACCUCCAACACCACCCCGUCUCCAGUGAAGAGUGCAUGCUUUGCUUCCGCCUCCCAGGGACAGUUCACCCCACCUCUGUCCUCCCUGAACCCAGGGAAAAGGGCCACCACCUCCAUUGGCAGGACCUCCAGGGCCCCGAGCCCAUCCCUCAUGACUUCCCCAAAGAUGUGGCAGAAAACCUCCAUCUCCAGACUGGCAGAAGACUUCUUUUGGAUAGGUGGAAGCCUUGUAGCACAACCCAAAUGGAGAAUGGGUCAAUAUGUGGAGAGGUGUAUGUGUACCAUGCAGACAGGCACUCAGAUGACCAAACUCAAGGGGAAAAAGAAGGGUCUGGUCAGGUUCUUCUACCUGGAUGAACACAAGUCCUGCAUCCGCUGGAGACCCUCCAGGAAGCACGAUAAGGCUAAAAUUACCAUUGACUCAAUCCAUGAAGUGUGUGAGGGGAAAAAGUCUGAGAUCUUCCAGCGCUACGCCGAAAGCCGUUUCGACCCGAACUGCUGCUUCAGCAUUUACCAUGGCGACCGUGUGAAGUCCCUUGACCUGGUCUCCACCAACGGAGAUGAUGCCCGCACCUGGAUUACUGGCCUGAAAUACCUCAUGGCCGGCAUCAGUGACGAGGACAGUCUGGCGAAGAGACAGCGCAAACGGGACCAAUGGUUACAACAAACCUUCUCAGAAGCAGACAAAAAUGGGGAUGGCAAUUUGAGCCUCAGAGAGGUUCUCAAGUUGCUCCGCAAACUCAAUGUGAAACUGCCCAAGCAGAAGGUCGUGGAGAUGUUCCAAAAAGCAGACACAGACGAUAACCAGGGUUUGUUAGCUUUUGAAGAAUUCUGCACCUUCUAUAAGAUGAUAUCUACACGGCGAGGCCUCUAUCUCAUUAUGCUCUCCUAUAGUAAUAACAAAGAGUUCAUGGACCUAAAUGACCUGGUCCAUUUCAUGGAAAAUGAACAGAAGAUGGUUGGUGUAACCAGAGAAUACUGUAUGGAGACAAUCAGUCAGUUUGAGCCAUGCCCUCACAACCUACAGAAUAUGGUUCUGGGCAUCGAUGGUUUCACCAACUACAUGCGAAGUCCUGCAGGGGACAUCUUCAACCCAGAGCACCACUUUGUGCACCAGGACAUGACCCAGCCGCUGUGUAACUACUUCAUUGACUCGUCCCACAACACCUAUCUGACAGGAGACCAGCUGCUGUCUGAGUCCAGGGUUGACAUGUAUGCCUAUGUCCUCCAGGCUGGCUGUCGCUGUGUGGAAGUGGACUGCUGGGAUGGACCAGAUGGAGAGCCUAUCAUCCAUCACGGCUAUACCCUGACAUCCAAAAUCCUUUUCAAAGACGUCAUAGAAACCAUUAACAAAUAUGCCUUUACAAAGAAUCCGUACCCUGUGAUCCUAUCCAUUGAGAACCAUUGCACAGUGCCUCAGCAGAAGAAGAUGGCUGAGUAUUUGGUAGAGGUACUGCAGGAAAAGGUGGACCUGUCUACGGUCAAUAUGAAUGAAACCAGAAAGAUGCCCUCCCCAGAGCUCCUGAAAGGGAAAGUCCUUAUCAAGGGAAAGAAACUCCCCAUGAACAUUGAUGAUGAUGCUGAGGAGGGUGAUGUGUCGGAUGAAGACAGUGGGGAAGAGGAAGAAGAAGAUGAGGAAGACACCCGAAUUAGCACAGAUGGGAGUGCUGCUGGCACUGCAGAUGAAUCCAAACCCAAGAAACCCCAGUCUAUUAUAGGCAGCUUCAGACGCAAGAGGAAAAGGAAGAAGAAAAAGAAGCACAUGCUCCUUCCAGACCAUGCGGACCAAGAGAACCCCAUCGUGAGAGACGAAACACAAAUUGUGUAUUACAACAGGAGAGGGAAGACGAUGAGGUUAUCCAGAGCCCUUUCUGACCUUGUCAAGUACACCAAGUCUGUCCGCGUCCAUGACAUAGAAACACAAGCGUACAUGAGUAGUUGGCAAGUGUCUUCUCUCAAUGAAAGCAUCGUGAACCAGAUAAUGGCUCUGAAGCCAGCUCAGCUGGUCCGCUUCAACCAGAGACAGCUACUACGUGUUUACCCCUCCAACUACCGCGUGGACUCCAGUAACUUCAACCCACAGCCAUUCUGGAAUGCAGGAAUCCACAUGGUUGCACUGAAUUACCAAACAGAGGGCCGCAUGCUUGAACUGAACAAAGCCAAGUUCUCAACCAAUGGCAACUGUGGAUAUAUACUGAAGCCCAAGUGCAUGAAUCAAGGGUUCUUUAAUCCUAACUUGGAGGACCCUUUGCCAGGACAGAAGAAGACUCAGCUGGUACUUAAGAUCAUCAGUGGUCAGCAACUGCCAAAGCCUAAAGACUCAAUGCUGGGGGAUAGAGGGGAGGUUAUCGAUCCCUCUGUAGAGGUGGAGAUCAUCGGUCUGCCGGUCGAUUGCUGUAAGCAGCAGACGCGGGUGGUGGACGACAACGGUUUCAACCCAAUGUGGGAGGAGACCAUGGUCUUCUCACUCCACAUGGCCCAGAUUGCACUGGUGCGGUUCCAAGUUUGGGACAAUGAUUCACUAGGACAAAAAUUCAUCGGUCAGAGGACCAUAGCCUUCAUCAGCAUGAUGCCAGGUUAUCGCCAUGUCUAUCUUGAGGGCAUGGAAGAGGCGUCCAUCUUCGUCCAUGUCGCUGUACACGACGUUUCAGGAAAGGUCAAGUCAAGUAACGCUGUCAAGGGUCUUCUGAAAAAAGCUACAACAAAAGGGUUGUUGAAGGAGCCCAAGGUGGUCUCUGCAGACCUCUCCAAUUACUCAUCCGAGGAUGCUCGCCAGCGCUACCGUAAAGAGCUAGACUCCAACUCCCAGGAGAACAGCGGGAAUGGCAGUAGGUUGAUGAUCCCUGCAGGGUUGGACUGCCUUCAAAGAGGGGCUCAGAGCGAACCAGUGAAGAGAGCUAACAGGGUGAAAACUCUGGAGGAGGAAAUCCAGAGUGGUUGCCUGAAAGAGCAGAAAGGGAAGGAGAAAAGUAAAGGGAUCCUUUUUCGCAUGUCCUCCACAAUCUCCGGCUCUGGGGCUUCCCUCCCGUGCAUCAAUGCUAAAAGCCCAGAACCGGAGGAUGUAUUUCAGUUGUCUCACCCAAAGGUUCCAGAACCGGAGGAUGUAUUUCAGUUGUCUCACCCGAAGGGCCCAGGACCAGAGGAUGUAUUUCAAUUGUCUCACCCGAAGAGCCCAGGACCAGAGGAUGUAUUUCAAUUGUCUCACCCGAAGGGCCCAGGACCGGAGGAUGUAUUUCAGUUGUCUCACCCGAAGGGCCCAGGACCGGAGGAUGUAUUUCAGUUGUCUCACCCGAAGGGCCCAGGACCGGAGGAUGUAUUUCAGUUGUCUCACCCGAAGGGCCCAGGACCGAAGGAUGUAUUUCAAUUGUCUCACCCGAAGGGUCCAGAACCGGAGGAUGUAUUUCAGUUGUCUCACCCGAAGGGCCCAGGACCGGAGGAUGUAUUUCAGUUGUCUCACCCGAAGGGCCCAGGACCGAAGGAUGUAUUUCAAUUGUCUCACCCGAAGGGUCCAGAACUGGAGGAUGUAUUUCAGUUGUCUCACCCGAAGGGCCCAGGACCGGAGGAUGUAUUUCAGUUGUCUCACCCGAAGGGUCCAGAACCGGAGGAUGUAUUUCAGUUGUCUCACCCGAAGGGCCCAGGACUGGAGGAUGUAUUUCAAUUGUCUCACCCGAAGGGUCCAGAACCGGAGAGACAAAUUAUGUUGUUUCAGGCAUCCUGGCCACAUGGGGAGCCCCAGUCUGAGUCCAUUCAUGCAGACUGUCUGGGCCAGGAGGUCCAGUCAGAGUCCAUUCAUGCAGACUGUCUGUGCCAAGACAAGCCAGGUCAGUCAUUUGAGCCUGAGUGGCCAGACCCAUUACAGAUUAAAGACUUAGCUGAAGAACCAAAGGCCAUCACUAAACCUGAACCCCUGGCUGUAUCAGAACCUCUUAAUCAGCCCCAAGCCCUGUCUCAUGCCCUGCCCCAAGCCCUGUCUCAUGCCCUGCCCCAAGCCCUGUCUCAUGCCCUGCCCCAAGCCCUGUCUCAUGCCCUGCCCCAAGCAGUGCCCAAGCCCUUCCCCCAGACCCUUCCUCAUUCUCUGCCUCAACCCCAGGCUCUUCCUCAUGCUCUGCCUCAACCCCAGGCCCUUCCUCACCCUGAGGUCAUUCUCCGAACACGACGCCCACCAUCCUCCCCUGUCAGAGUAAGGCGGACCCUGGAGACCAUAGGCAGCCAAGUUCCCUCCGGCACAUUACAGACAAAGGCCCGCUCUCGCAGUGUUCCACGCAAGCAGCACGCAUUCUCCAUGACCCCUGUAGCUGACCGCAGGGUUGCUGUUCACUGGCAGCCUCGAAUACCUUCCCCUCCUCUGCUCCAGAACCACAGUAGCCAUGGCCAGCCAGCGAAGCCUAUACCCAACGGCCUGCGCCUGUCUGACAGUGACUCCAGCAGCAGUGACAGUAUAGACAGUCUGAGUCUGGAGCUCCUGCCCUCACGUGUGCCUGUCAGAGGGCAGAGGGAAGUUGGCACGCUGCAGAGAGAGAUGAACGCCCUCUUUGACCAGAAAAUGAGGGAGAUUCGCUGUAAAUCACCACUCUUUUUUAAUGAUUACUCUACACUAUAGUUAUCAGUCACUACAAGGACCACGGUAGUCAAUUGGAAUAAGCACGGGACAUGGAAAUACACUUUUAAACACAUUACAUUGUAUGUAUGUAGAUGGUUUAUGUAUGCAGAUUUACAAAAUGCCAUUUCACAUUGAGACCAAACAACUUUAUUAGAUAUAGUAAUUUAAAUCCAUGGUUAAUCUGGGUAUUUAGAUUUUGUGUCAAAAUGCAUGUGUUUUGAAUAGAAUGUAAUCCAAAAGUGGUAAGUAGUUCUAAAUGGAAUAGAUUAGAAAAUAAAUUAAUUAUUAGACUGGUUUCAU